AAUUAAAAAGUGAUUUUCAAAUUUAAUAUUUUAAUCAUAACUAAGAUGUUUGUUAAAUUAAUCUAAUCUUGACCUUUAAAAAAUAUAUUAGAUAACUCGUAAGUGUUUAAAUGUGUGCAUGAGGAAAAUGGAGGGAAAGAAAUCUGAUCCAAAAUAAAUUAAAACUUUUUAAAGGAUGGAAUAUCCUUUUUCUCCUUUGACAAAAGUACCCUUGCGAUAUCCCAAAACUGAGCCAAUAACUGAAAGGUAGAGCUGUAAAUAUUCCCAAACAGAGCCACGGCGAGGGGCAAUUUUUUUGUAACAAACUCUGUGUAUAUAACGAACUAUAAACACAGCUCACGUUCUUCCUGCUUCUUCACCAAAUUUCCGAUUUCGUUUUCUCUCUGAAGCAAAAAAAAAACUUGAAGUUCUCAGAGAUGAAUGCCGUGAAAGCUUACUUCAACAGGAAUUGGACAAGAGAAGACCUGAUGAAUACUGGAGAAGUUUCCGCGUACGCUUACACAAGCUUGACGACGGUGUAUCUUAAUCUCUUCUGUGCCAUGUUGAACUUUACUUUUGGAUCGUUCUUGCACUUGAUCAUCUGGGAAGUGGGAGGGCUGUUCACAGUCCUUUCUUCUCUAGCAAGUUUACUCUGGCUUUACUUUGCAUCACCAUUGAGAGUGAGGCUGAGGCUCUCACUAUUGAUGUAUGCAGCCUGUACCUUGGGUGCUUCUUUUGGCCUUUUUACCAAAUAUCUCUUCAAAAUUUAUCCACCCCUUAUUGUCAACCUUUUGGAAGCUUCAACAUUUAGCAUUGGGAUUAUCUGGUAUGGAUCCACGUAUACGAGGGAAAGGAGAGCAAUCUACAUGACUUGCCUGAAUUUUUCUUUUGCUCUAAUGUGCUCCAGCAUUUUUGUUUAUGGUAUAGAUAUGCUUGACAUCCACACAGUUUAUUGGGCGUUUAAGGUAAGCAGUUGGAUCCUAUUAUAACACAGU